AUUAACUUUAGACUGUAUUUCAUGUAUCAACAGGUUUGCAUACCCCCUAUAAUGGGACAACAAGCCCCACUGUAGUUGAGGUCUCUUUUAGUCAAGACUUUAAGGUGGUGCAUUUACCCUCGUGUGCUCGGGGACGUGUCCUCAGUGGACAUGUCCACCACAGUUCUGGGCCAGAGAGUCAGUAUGCCCAUCUGUGUGGCAGCUACUGCUAUGCAGAGAAUGGCACACCCCGACGGAGAGACGGCCACUGCGAGAGCCUGCCUGUCCUGUGACACGGGGAUGAUGCUGAGCUCAUGGGCCACCUCCACCAUAGAGGAAGCAGCGGAGGCCGCACCUGGGGCCGUGCGCUGGAUGCAGCUGUACAUUUAUAAAGACAGAGCGCUGACUCAGUCUCUGGUCAGGAGGGCCGAGGAGGCCGGGUAUAAGGGUAUCUUUGUCACAGUGGACACACCUUAUCUUGGCAGGCGACGUGAUGACGUGCGCAACCGAUUUAAGCUGCCCUCUCAUUUGAGGAUGGCCAAUUUCGACACCCCUGAUUUAGCCUUCUCCUCAAAAGAGGGUUACGGGGAGGACAUCGGCCUGGCGGUGUAUGUAACUCAGGCCAUAGAUGCCACGGUGAAGUGGGACGACAUCGCCUGGCUGAAGAGAAUGACCUCGCUGCCUGUGCUGGUCAAAGGGGUUUUGACAGCUGAAGAUGCCAAAGAAGCGCUGAAGUAUGGGGUGGAUGGAAUACUUGUGUCAAACCACGGAGCAAGACAGCUUGAUGGAGUUCCAGCCACCAUUGACGCUCUGCCUGAGGUUGUGGAGGCUGUAGAAGGAAAGGUGGAUGUCUUCAUGGACGGAGGUGUUCGUAAGGGCACAGAUGUGCUGAAGGCUCUGGCUCUGGGAGCAAAGGCAGUGUUUGUAGGGAGACCCAUCCUGUGGGCACUCGCCUGCGAGGGUGACAAAGGAGUCAGCAAUGUUCUCCAAAUACUGCGAGAGGAACUUCACCUUGCAUUGGCGCUGACAGGCUGUCGCUCACUAAAGGAAGUCAACAGAUCCCAUCUGAGAAGAUCUGAACUCAUUUCAAGGAUCUAAUGAGCAGAACUGUUGCAUGCUGGGAGAUUUCAUGUGUGCCAGUGACUGGACCGACUUGUGUAAUUCAAAUGAACCCAGAGGAUUUGGGCACGACAGAUUUAGCAUCAUGAAUAAAACAUUUGUUGCUGUGAAUGGCUUCACUGCAGCGAGUUUCUCAUGAAUAUGCAUUCUCCCUCCACGGGGCCCGAAAGGCAAACAGGUUUGUGAGAGGUUCAGAAAGGUCACACACAAGGCAUGGGAUUUCUUUACUAGCUCUUUCCAUGGCUGAACCACAGGACCUGAAUGAAGCCAUUAUAUGCAUUGACUCUCCGCAGGAAAACAAACUUUGUCAGGGUCUGUUCAUUAGCACCAAACACUUUGUUUGAACCGCCUACUUGUGUGCAGGGGCCAGAAAGGGGAAGUGAGCUCCUGCUGAAAUCAAACAAAACCUACACUUUAUGAGAGGUUUUGCAUUGUUUGCGUGCAACCUAGAUACUUAGAUGAUAAACGUACAGUGGCUCCAAAUGGUUUUGCAUU